UUCCUUGUUCUUUUCCACCGGCGCCGGUCGCCAUUACAUUACAUUGCUACAGAUCUGAAAACUGAAAUCUGAUAAAAUAUAUUCUUAAUUUUUCAGAAAGAAGAAGUGAAGACACAUAAAGUCAUGGAUGAUGAAUGGGAUGAUUCCUCUGCCGUUGUGGCAGUACCACCUCCAGCAGCCAGGACUUAUAACAACUAUGACUCCAAUGAUGUGGAUGUGGGUCACAGCUUAUCUAUGGGAAGAGGAUUUACAUCCAUCCAGAAUGAAGAUGACUUCAAAUCAAAUGGGUUCGGCGACAGGCGCGGAAGAGGCGGGCGGGGAGGCCGCGGGGGUCGCGGAGGGCGGGGCGGGCGCGGCGGCGGCGGCGGCUGGGAGUCCCGCGACCAAGACAAUGAUAACAAUGGCUGCGACGACUACAACGAUGGUGACAGAGAUCGCGGGGAACGCGGCCGAGGCCGGGGCCGUGGACGCGGAGGGGGAGGGGGAGGGCGAGGCCGCGGCGGGUUCGGCGACCGUGGGGAGCGCGACGGCGACGCGCCAGCCGACCAGGAGCCCGAGCUCGACGAGAACGGCGAACCAAAGAAGCCGCCCGUCACCUACGUGCCGCCCGAGCCCACCGAGAACGAGGAUGAGAUCUUCGGCAGCGGCAUCAGCUCCGGGAUCAACUUUGACAAGUUCGACAACAUCGCUGUCAAAGUAAGUGGUGAAAAUCCACCACGAAACAUUGACAGUUUUGAAACUGCCAACUUCAGAAAGUAUGUCUUAGACAACAUUCUCAAGUCUGGCUAUAAGAAGCCUACGCCCAUUCAGAAGCAUGCUAUACCCAUCAUUAUGGGUGGCCGAGAUUUGAUGGGCUGCGCACAGACCGGAUCUGGAAAAACGGCUGCCUUCCUUCUUCCUAUUAUAAAUACACUGCUUCAAGACACCCGUGAGUUAGUGGUUGGACCUAGUGGUUGUGCUGAACCACAGGUUGUGAUAAUGUCGCCUACUCGUGAAUUGACAUUACAAAUUUUUAAUGAGGCUAGAAAGUUUUCACAUGGUUCAGUCUUAAAAAUAGCCGUCGCUUAUGGAGGAGUAGCUGUGAGACAUCAAGGAGACAAUAUUUCUAGAGGAUGUCACAUUCUCGUCGCGACACCAGGACGUCUGCACGAUUUCGUUGAUCGCAAUCGCGUGUCGUUCGGCAGCAUCCGGUUCAUCGUGCUGGACGAGGCCGACCGCAUGCUGGACAUGGGCUUCAUGCCCAGCAUUGAGAAGAUGAUGGACCAUCCUACUAUGGUUCCAAUGGACCAACGUCAAACACUCAUGUUCUCUGCGACCUUCCCAGAGGACAUUCAAAAUUUGGCUAUGAAGUUUUUAAACAACUAUUUGUUCGUGGCCGUGGGCAUAGUUGGUGGUGCAAGCGCAGACGUUGAACAAAUAUUUCACCAGGUCACAAAGUAUGAAAAGCAGAACAAUUUAAAGAAACUGAUUGAAGAGAACGACAAGAAGCGCAUCCUCGUGUUCGUGGAGACGAAGCGCAGCGCGGACUUCAUCGCGUCGCUGCUGUCGGAGCAGCAGAUGCUGACGUCGUCCAUCCACGGCGACCGCAUGCAGCGCGAGCGCGAGCUGGCGCUGCACAACUUCAAGACUGGCGUGCACUGCAUCCUCGUCGCCACCGCCGUGGCUGCGCGCGGCUUAGAUAUCAAGAACGUCGACAUCGUGGUAAAUUAUGAUCUGCCCAAGGACAUAGACGAGUACGUCCACAGAAUCGGGCGCACGGGCCGCGUUGGGAACCGUGGCAAAGCCGUUUCCUUUUUUGAUGCAGACCAAAAUGCAGGAUUAGUUGCGGACUUGGCCAAAAUAUUACGGCAAGCCGACCAGCCCAUUCCGGACUUCCUGCAGGGCGGAGGCACCGCCACGUAUCGGGGCAACAAAUAUGGAGGCAGCGACGUCCGAAACUUUAACAACGCGAGUGCUGCUGUGUCGCAAGGGGAAGAACCCGAGGAAGAGUGGUAAAUACAAGUUAUUGAGUGUUAAAUAUUAUAAAAGUUCAAGACUUCUUGAAAUUCGCCCAUGUGAUGGAACAAGUGAAUUCUUUGAUUUGUUGGUGCUGGUGACGCUGUGAAAGUUAGUGACUAAAAAAAUGAAGAUAUACCUACACCAAAACUCUUAAGCCUUGUUAGGGGUUGGUUGUACAAAUAACACUAAUACAUAAAAGGUGUCCCAAAAAUAACGCAAGAUUUGAAUAUAAUGGAAAAUUAUUUGUUUAUAAAAUACACUAAAUAGGGUUAUAUGUGAAAAGAAGCGCCGGUGACCUAGCGGUAAGGCGUUCGACUUUCAUUCCAGAGGUCGCGGGGUCAAACCCCGGCUCGUACCAAUGAGGUUUUCGGAACUUAUGUUCGAAAUACCAUUUGAUAUUUACCAGUCUCUUUUCGGCGAAGGAAAAGAUCGUGAGGAAACCGACAUAAUCCCAAUAAGCCCUAGUUUACCCUUUGGGUUGGAAGGUCAGAUGGCAGUCUCUUUGGUAAAAAACUAGUGCCUACGUCAAUUCUCGGGAUUAGUUGUCAAGCCGACCCCAGGCUCUCAUGAGCCGUGGCUAAAAAGCCGGGACAACGCGAGUAAGAAAAGAAGAGGGUUUUGUGUGAAACAACACGCGGGCUUGUUGGCAUUGACUGGUCACAUCAUGAAUUGAUCCACUCCCUGAACGAAGUCAAAUCAAUAUUCCGAAAUUUUCUAACUGCACGCCAAACUUUUGAAAUAUUGUUCAAUAAUGAAAACGCGUUGGGCUUUCGUAUACUUCAUACUCAUACUCAUUUAUUCAUAAUAUUCUUAAAAUAUUACAUGCCCCGCCAUUUUUACAAACCCUAAACAUUCAGCUGUCAAAUAGUUUUUUUAGGGUUGCCAGCACUAAAAUGCAAAAUGGCGGCAAAUUAAAAUGUUGCUUUCUUUUUGGGAAACCCUUUAUAAGAAAGUUAAGCCCAUUGAUUUAUACUGAUAUACUGUCAUGACUACAAGACUGCAACUUAUAUUGACAAGUAUUUUAGAUUAUAAGCGCCUAAUUUUAAGAACUAAUAACUCCUGCAUCAAUAGAACAUUACUUAAAACAUUUCCUAUUCACAUUUGUAAUAUCACAUGGAUCAUUAUUUUGUUGUUUUAGUGUUAAGGUUUCAUUAUUUCUUAGUAGCAUUUCGUAUAGCUAGGGCCUGCAUAAAGUUUUUUUCUUCUUUUUGUUUUCUUCCUUAACAGCAUAAAACGAAUUAGUUAUUUUAUCCCAGCAAUUCUGUGAUGUUAUUAUUAAAGUUACUUAGUUUAAAUUUUAAUAUUAGUUGCAUUACGAGUAGUACAUAGAUUUAUCCUUAUUUUGUAAUAAAGUACAAUGAACAUAAGAUAUGUGGAAGUGACCGUAGAGUACGUUACUGACCUGUGCGAGGUCAAUUACUCGUACUUAUAGUAUAAAAGAGUGGCCAGGGUUCAUAAAUAUGAUCAGACCAUACUCUUACGCCUUACGUGCACCGACGUUUUGCAAUAUUUAUAUAUGUGGAACCUUACAAGACCAAAUUUUUUGUCUCGGGGCCUUCAUUAAUGCUUGGGACUUGAAUACAUCAAGUCUUUUGAACAAAAGAUGAGAUACAAUUCCGCGUUACAUACUAAUAAUAAGUGAUAAUUUAACCAGUUCUCUACCUCUACGACUACAUAUCGAAUGGCAGGCUUACUAUGUGACUUAAUUGCAUGUUGGGUUUGACCCUAAUGAUACAUUUUUGUGUCAAAAAGUAAUGUUGAAUCUCACCAUGUACAAAAACCGUAGAUGUUGAAAUCAAUGUCAAGUAAAUGUUAGAGUAUUUGUAAUCUGUGAUGAUUAAAAAUAAGUGUAAGGUUUUGUGGACCUUCAGUCAUCCGCCAUGGUUUGUAACAGUUCAAAUAGUUGUAUUAUUAUAUAGACUUGCCAAUAUGGCAAUUAAAUAUUACGAGUUUACGUAACUUCUGUUAUCUUGAUUGACUUCGGAAUUCCAAUUU